AUGGGCCCUCAGAGCACCCAAGUGGUCCAUGAGCCGCUGGCCGCCAAUGACGGCGAACAGGAGUGGACAAAGGUUCAACGCAAGUCACGCCGCGGACCAAAGGCACGAGCACAGAGUGCAAAGAUGCCCACAAGACCGGGAGUGGUGACAGCCACGCCCACCCCGAGGCAAGCCACCGCGUCGGAUCUCACAGCUCAGGACAUCCGGGAGCAGCACAAGCGCAUCUACGACCAGUGGCUCGAAUCCGACUGCCACAAAAAGCUUGAAGAAAUCAUCAGCACAAAAGCAGACCUCGCCCAUAUCAAGCGGGCUGUCUGUUUCGGCAUAGGCACCUUCGACCCCGAGGACGGAGCCUGGGAGGUCAAGCGGAGGACGCACGUCCAGCUGGCUGCAUUCCUGCGCAUCAUUGGUCUGCUGGAAGCAAAGCAAAAGUCUCCCAUACAGUGCCUCUUCCAAGAACCCGUCUUCUCGGCCAACGAUGCAGACUUCAUCAGCCAGCUGGGCCACCAUGUCGUGGAAUCGCCGGCGGGAUUUGAGCUCGUAGACGAGUCGACCCUCGUCUAUGGCGUCCAUCUGUACAGAGAAAUCUAUUCGCAGGCCAUUGCCAAGGCCAUCCCGGCUGUCUUUGUGGGCACCGGCUAUGAUGUCUGGGACAACUAUCAUGACACCCAGGAUCUCGAUUGGGAUAGGCUCAAGACGGUUGAUGCUGCUUGCGAAAAGGUGCAAUUCCCACAGGACAAGGGAUACACGACCUUUACCAGCACAAGCUUGCACUGGAGGCGACCCGAUGGCUCGGGAUGA